CCAGUCGUCGCUAGGCAUGGCACGGCCGCACACUCGUUUCAAAGGCUGCUCCUCGCACUGUUGCGGUGCACAGCACUUACUCAAUUCGCCUGUACAUGGAUUGGUGUCUCGAUCUAUUCUGUGCCCCAGUGCACACCGUACUCUGGUCACCACAAGGAGCGCAGUGCUGGAACCUGAUCGCCAAUUCCACGCUUCCAGCGGCACACCUACAAACCACCGCACCCAGCCGCCACCGCCUCCGCCUCCGCCUUCACCACCACCGCCGCCACCACUCCACCACCCGCUGCUGCUGUCCGACAUCCGGGUUGUGCUGGUGGCCCCCAAGCACCCAGCCAACAUCGGCGCAGUGGCACGCGCAUGCGCCAACUUCGAGUGCCUCGAUCUCGUGCUGGUAGCCCCACGCUGCACCGACACCGGAGCCCUGCAAGGUGCAGCCGUCAACGGGGGCGGCGGCGACGGCGACACAGCCGCCACUAGCGGCAGCGGCGGCGGCGGUGUCGGAAGCGAGGCGCGCAAGGUCGCCUGCGGCGAUGCCGUACUGGACCGGAUGCGGGUG